AUGUCGCACCUUUGCAGAAAAAAUCUGAAGCCUAUAGCUGGAGAUCUAGAUAGAAAUAACAAAUUUCCAACAGAACAAAUUCAGCACCUUGGAAAAUUGGGGCUUAUGGCAAUAAACGUAGAUCCAGACUAUGGAGGUUCAGGUUUAGACACCUUGUCUAUUUCAUUAGCUGUUGAAGAAAUUGCAAGAGGAUGCGGAGGAACUGGUGCAAUAGUUUCAAUCCACAAUUGUUUGUACGCCUGUCUCUUGAAUAGACUCGGGACCACAAAACAGAAAGAACAAUUUCUACGACCUUGUACAAGUGGAAAUAUAGGUGCUUUUGCUCUGAGUGAAUCAGAGGCUGGCAGUGAUGUAGCAGCCCUAUCAACUACAGCAACAAAGGAUGGAGACCAUUGGCUUUUAAAUGGAAUGAAAGCAUGGGUGACUUCAGCAUAUGAAGCUAAGGCUGCAGUGAUAUUUGCCACAGUUGACAAAACUUUACAACAUAAAGGCAUCACGGGUAUAGCACGAGCUUCUUUGGAUUCAGCAGUUGAAUACGCCUCAAAACGAAAAGCAUUUGGAACUUAUUUGAUAGACAUGCCUGCCGUAAAAGGACACAUAGCAGAUGUAGCUUUACGACACGAGUCAGCACGGUUGCUAACUUGGAAAGCAGCCUCUAUGAAGGAUGCAUGCGAACGAACAACAAAAUACAGUUCUAUGGCUAAAAUCGCAGCUAGCCAAUGCGCGACAUUCGCAGCACAUACUGCUAUGCAAAUAAUGGGCGGGAUGGGAUAUGUGAACGAUAUGCCAGCUGAAAGGCACUAUAGAGAUGCACGAAUCACUGAAAUUUACGGUGGGGUUACGGAUAUCCAGAAGCUGGUGAUUGCGGAUCAAGUCAUACGCGAAAUGGGCUAUGAAUAA